GUUAGGUCACAUGAAAAAUUUAUGAUGAUGAUAUUCGUAUGAAAAAAGGUGGUUUAUGCUGAGUUGGACUAGGAGUAGUAGGACACAUCAUUGACUUAUCAAAAUGAGUGUGAGCAACCUUGUGGUGCCUGUUGUGCUGUGGGGGAGAAAUCCUCCCACGCAUUGUAUCUCGGCCAUUCUCAUGACACAAGAUGAAAAGAACAUCAUCACUGGAUGCAACGAUGGACAAAUUGCAGUGUGGGAUGUAACUGAAGAUUGGAAGAUCUACCCACGAAGCAUGCUCUUUGGUCAUUCGUCAGCCAUCUCUUGUUUAUGUAAGGGCAGCAAUCAUUCAGAUAAACCUUACAUUGUCAGCUCCUCGGAGAGUGGGGAGAUGUGCCUGUGGGAUAUCAACGAUGGCCGGUGUAUAGAAUUCACUAAAAUGCCGUUCACUCACACUAAUAUCCAGACCCAUCAGCUGAUGAAUGCCAGAGAUAUCAAACUAGUGUGUAAUGGGUACUACCCAGAGAUCCACAUCAUCGAUCCUCUCAGUCUAGAGAUUCAAUUUACAUUGACGUCAAAGGUUCAGCCAGAUUGGAUCAGCGCUUUGUGCAUCCUCAGACCAGUGAAUAGACAAGAUGAUGUUGUUGUUGCUAUUUCCAAUUCUGGGGCUGUCAAGUGUUGGACCUUGUCAUCGCAAGAGUUGAAGAGUAAGACAAUAGCUGAAGACGAGUCAAAGCAAAUCCGCUGCCUCAAUGCCCACACGCUGAGAUGCUGCGCCUACAACCAAAGAACUGUACUCAUAGUCUGCUCCAAAUACUGGCAGCUGUACAGUUGUGGUUUUAUCCACGGUCAUGAAUCUGAAGGGAUUUAUGAUGCCGGCGACUUUUCCCUGCUGUGUUCUGAGUCCAAUCCGUGCGGCGAGCGAUGGCUUGGUGGUGAAUUCAUCAGUGUUGACCGUGUGGUCGUCUGGAGUAAUGAGGGGAAGGGCUACUUGUAUAAACUUCCCACCAACCUUCUUAAAGGAAAGGCUCAUUUUGACAGUGCUAAUCCAAGAAGUGCAGAUUUCCAUGGCCAUGUUGGCCCAUCUCGUUCGAGUUCCAAUAUUCCCUAUGCCUACAAUGUUCUCAACUUCUACACUGAAAAGCCUCUCUCCUGCCCACCGGCCAUGUCUUAUUUCUUUGGCACCAGAGACACUCACAAGAGGAUCCUGCUGCGGGGAGAUUCCAUGGGCAGGAUCAUGCUGUGGAUGAUACCGAAGGUUGCUGACAAUCAGUUGAAAUUGACCAGACAGGAGAGCUUUGACAGGCUACCCGUGAUUCAACAACUAGCCACCACUUCAUUGCUCGAAACAUGGGACACUGUAUGUCCUAUUCCAAGUGGGGUGAUUGAUGCACUGCACCCUCCAGAAGAGAAGCCACUCCAGGUCACUGCGACCUGUUACAUUCCUUCCCAAGGUAAACUGGUGUGUGGGCGAUUAGAUGGUACGAUAGUUAUUGUGCCAGCAACACAGAGUGCUAUCUUACAACUUCUGGAUAUUGGACAAGCUCCAGGCCAAGAAAUUCCAGUCCACCGAGUGCUUUCUGGCCACACUGGCAAAGUUACCUAUGUUCUCUACCCAUUUAACGACAGUACGCGCUACGAACCUCAACAUCUUGUCUCUGGCGGUGUAGACUUUACGAUAAUAUUAUGGGACAUCUUCAAUGGGACCAAGCUCCAUACAUUCUCUGUGCAUGGUGGAGAAAUUACAAGACUCAUUGUGCCACCAAACAACUGCAAUAACCGUGUUUUGACCAGCAUUUGUUCCGUGGCGAGCGACCAUUCUGUAGCUCUCAUUAGUCUUCGCGAGAGGAAGUGUAUCAUGCUCGCUGGCCGUCAGUUGUUUCCCGUUCAGACUAUAAAGUGGCGCCCCCUGGACGAUUUCCUCAUCAUCGGUUGCACGGAUGGAACAGUCUACGUCUGGCAAAUGGAAACUGGUCACCUCGACCGAGUUGUCCAGGGCGUAACAGCACAGGAGAUCCUAAGCGCCUGCGACAAAGCAACCAAUAGCGUGACAAGUAGCGAAGAACUGAACAACCCCACUAUCAGUAUAGCGCAAGCCUUCAAACGCCGCAACCUGGCCACGUUCAAAAACUUGGCACAGCAGAAACUUCAUGGGUUGGCAGAAAAGGGUCCAGCGUCCUACUCGUACAGAGCGCACAUGAAGCCACUGGCUUACCCUAUGAUGAUACAGGGCAUGAGGACCAACAGCAAUGACCCAGAUGCCCAUGUCAUAUUGUUCGAUACUGAGGCACUUAUUGUUCAACUGCUCAGUGAUGAGUAUGCCCAGAUGUCCCCUGGUACAUUGGAAGCUCAUGGCUUCCCUUCUGCAGAGAAACAACCGGACUUGGGGCGACCUUCUGGGGGAACCUCUCCAGACCCACAGAGAAAAUUAGCAGAAUUCAUUGCCAAAGUGAAAGUAAAGGCAGAAGACGUACAACAGAAAGUACAAGCUAAGGUGGAGGGUAAACAGUUCUCCGGCAGCCCAACUCAGCAACCAAAGAAGAAGGAACGCAAGCAUAAACAAAAACCACCAAACCUGAUGAUAUCUGAUAACUUACUGACCAUGGAGAUAGCCCAGCUCUAUAUGUCUUGCCUACAUGCGUGGUCCUUGGAUCCAGAUCUUGACAAACUCUGCACCAACAAACUUGGACUCCUGCGACCCUGUUGCCCGAUAUCAUUCGGAUUGAUAUCGCGAGGAGAUCACAUGUCUCUGUUGUUGCCUGGUUGGCAGAGGUUGCUUGGGCAGCAACAACUGAACCCAAUGGAGAAAUUGGCAUCGCCUUUACAGCCAACGAUGUCGUUGCUAGAAACAGCCCAGGAUAUGGCAAAAUCGGAGGAACCCCAACCGGCUGCCAAGGGGGAUGAGAGUGCAUCAGACGUGUCAAAAAACAUUCUGGCGAUACAGAAGUCUGCUACCAGAGGUCACUGGCAGAUUUCUAGUUCCGUCACGACACAACAUCUCCUGUCCGUGAUCUCCAUUGCUAAUACUUUGAUGAGCAUGAGUCGGUGUUCCUUUCUCGAUGGACGCUUUCGAAGUGAAGGCCAGCGAAGGUUGUCAGACCACUUGAUGUUGUUCCUUACCAGCCAAAAAAUCAACAGUGGAGGAAUCUUAGUAUCAGACUACUACUCGAGUUCUGAGGCUGAAAGUGGGGACGAGGAGGUUGGUCUGGGUUCAGUUGCCCAGGCCCAGAUAAAGCAAGGCUGGAGCCUGCUGGCAGCUCUACACUGCGUCCUGUUACCUGAUAUCAUCGGAGAGGGCAUGUUCAAGCCACCGUUGUUGGAGAUGCUGGCCAGGAGAUGGCAGCACCGAUGUUUAGAGAUCAGAGAAGCAGCCCAAGCUCUUCUUCUUGCUGAACUGAGGCGGAUUCGUUCUGACGGACGUAAGACCAUAGUGGACCAGUGGUCACCCUACUUGCCAAGCUAUGUCGAUCCUCACCUUAGCAUCUUGAGCGAGACGCAUGUGGUUCCACCUAGACAGGAGAUGGGAGAGGAAGAUGAUGAAGACGACGAUCAGAUUAUGGAUGUUAAUUGUGAUGGUGACAACAUACCCUCUCACAAAUCCAACACCACGUUCGAGAGCAGACGACGCCAGGCAACAGCCAUUGUGAUGUUGGGCGUCAUCGGGGCAGAGUUCGGUCAGGAGAUUGAGCCGAGCAGACGAAAGUCUUCUGUCGCCGCCAUGGGGGAGGCGGACAAGAAGAAAGUUGUGGAGGGGUUUGGAAUCAAGAAAUACUCCCUUGCCAUGCACACGAGCAAAGCGCUGACAUUCCUGUUACUUCACCCGCCGAGUCCCAAACUACCCGCACACACACCAAUCAGACGAGCCGCCAUAGAUCUGAUUGGUCGAGGAUUCACUGUCUGGGAGCCAUAUAUGGACGUAUCGGCUGUGUUGCUUGGUCUCCUUGAGCUCUGUGUAGAUGGUGACAGGCUCGUGCCAAGAUUCUUGAAAACGAGUAAAGGGAUUCGAAAGCUCAUGACGUUUGGCCUCCCAUUGAGCCCAGCUGCCGAUGCCUGUCGCACUGCGCGACAUGCCCUUUCACUGAUCGCCACUGCCCGGCCGCCAGCCUUCGUCAUUACCAUGGCAAAAGAGGUCGCCAGGUAUAAUGCCAUGGCGCAGAAUGCCCAGUCGCAGAAUACACAGUUGAACACGUCGGUGUUGGUACGUGCCAAACCUGAGAUUCUUCGCAUAAUUGAGCUGCUGGUGGAGAAGAUGCCGAAUGAUGUGGUGGAUCUUUUAGUCGAGGCUAUGGACGUGAUUGUCCACUGUUUAGAUCCACCAACUCUCAAGUCAAAAGGCCUGACAGAAUCAUUCCCCUCUUUAUCAAGGUUUUCAAUGGUGAGUUAUUGUGGAAACAACAGGAGGAUUUGUGUUGGUGCUAAGAGUGGAGGGCUAGCAUUUUAUGAACUGAAACAAUCAAAGUGUCAGAUCAUACCUGGUCACACUGGCGCUGUUACUGCAGUCACAUUCUCUCCUGAUGGGAAGUUCUUGGCGUCUUAUUCUCAUGUAGACAAUAAGUUGAUGUUCUGGCAGAUGCCCCAUGGGUUGACGGCUUCAACUGGUAUCUUGAGCCUUGGCCAGCAACACACAAAGUGUGUGAGGACAUUCGGUACGCCACCGUGCAACAUCACGUCAGCUACAAACCUCUUGAAACUAGUCAAACUUGCUUGGUUGGAUGGAAGGACCGUUGUAUUAUGGACUGCCGAUGGAACAGAGAACAAAUUCAGGGUCUAGGGAAAGUAGGCCUUGAUGGGUUGCUGCAAUUUACUGUAAACUAGAUGUAGAUACAUUGGUGUCCCAUGACGGUACAGUCAGAGAGGCUCCAGAAUAAGAAUUUGUCUCUCGAGUGGGAUCUGUUUAUAUUGUUGAUAAAUCUUGUAGCUCAGGAAUGCCUUGUGACUGGAGAUUAUGUAAUCUUGGGUGAAUACAUUAAGGCCAGUAUUAGGAAGGGGAACAUGCUGACAGUGAGUAGAAUAAGCCGGUUAGAUUUCCUCAAACAUGUACAGUAGGACCUCACUAUAUAAGGACACUUCUUCUUCCAUAUACUGGGCAUCGGUCUAAGACGACCUGUAUGCCCAGGUACAUGUACAUGGUGCUGGGUGUUGGGGUUGGAAACCCACAGGACUGAAGUGCUGUCCUGAAUUGAGAAGUAUCCUGAUUACAGAGGUUACAGAAAUGACCAAAUGCAGUGUCCUUAGUAGAGAGUGUGUUCUCAGUGGAGAGGCAUCCGCUACUAGUUUUAUAUCUUCUGGUUAUUGUGUGCACAUGCUGUAUGUCUUUGGCUCCAGGUGCAUACUUUAGCCAGGACUGGUUGCAUGUUUUUCCGGGUGCACAGAUUGUUGAUGUGUAGAUUCAACUAUUGUAAAUAGGAAAGAUGUAUUUAAUUUAUCUAUGUGAUUAUCUGAAUAUCUAUGUUGUGCAUUAUGUGGAUAUCUAAUUAAUCAGGAGUGCCAAUGGAAGCUGUUCUCAGUACAACUUAAAAGCAUCUUAGAAUAUGAUGCCUUUGUGAAUUGCUAUAUAUAAAUGUCCAGGGGGGGCGGGGGCACUCACAAUUAAAUGUGCAGGGCAUCCUUGUCCUCCAAGUUUUUGAUAGACACCCUAUACAGCUGGUACAACAAUGCCAGACCAGGUUAUGCCGGACCAUAGCACUUGUAAAGUGCUUUAGUUUCUGUAUAGAAAUAGAUGUCUUGGUCUGUGUGAUUAUCUGUUACAGUACCAGGUUUGUUGUCAUGUUUAUUGAAAUACAUGUAUGAAGGAAGGAAAUGAAGAAUA